AUGCAAUCUUACGCUGUGAUGAGAAGCCCAAGUAAUUUUCAGAGCCAACCCAAAGUUGUAACUCCAAUAAUUGUAGCUCUUUGUUUUCGAUGCAGCAAUAAAUUGUUAACUUUACGACGAAGCUUGUUAGGUGAUCGUAUCAGGGAGUGCACUCUCGUAAUACAAAUUCGUUACUCAGCGAGGCCCGAUAAUGCGGCCCAUGCAUUUCCAUAUGGGCUUGGUGCCCAAUAGUGGCGUGCUCCAUUUUUUACUCCUAAAAAGGCUUGGGCCUUUGCAAAUAGGGGCUAAGUCCCAUCACGUGUACUAGUGCGAGCCCGAACCCGAACCCGAUCCCGAGCCCGAGCAUCAUUCAUUUCUCUGCAAAACCCUUCACCCUAAACCCUAGUUCCUUCCUCCUACUCCACCCCCGGAACCCCAUCUCCGAUGCUCCGCCUCUCCUCCUCCCUCGAAGCCUCGCGCAACCCCUUCCCCCUCUUCCUCCUCCGCCGCCUCCUCCACCGCCGGGGCACAAAGCCCCGCACCUCUCCGCCGCCGCCGCUGCCGCCGCCGCCGACACCUCCGAAGCCCCCGCAGAAGCCGGUCCCCUUCACCGUCCAUGGCGUCACGUGGAACGACCCCUACAGCUGGAUGUCGUCGCUCUCCGACUCCGUGGCGAUGCGCCACAUGGACGUCUACAUGGAGCAGGAGGAGAAGUACGCGGAGGCCGCCAUGGCCGCCGCGGGCGCCGAUCGCCUCGUGCGCAAGCUCCAGAUCGAGAUGGCCCCGCGCCUCGCCUCCGAGCUCUCCACUCCCCCCGUCCGGUGGGGGCCCUGGCUCUACUACCGCCGCGUCGAGGAGGGCAAGCAGUACCCUGUGCUCUGCCGCAGAUCCGCGACCCUCCACCAGGAGUUCAUCUCCUACAGCGAGCCCUCCGCGGGCUUCGAUUUCACCUCCGGGAAGCGGAUCGAGCAGAAGCUUAUCGAUUACAAUCAAGAGGCCGAGCGGUUCGGAGGAUACUCUUACGAGGAACUAUCUGAAGUGUCUCCAGAUCACCGCUAUAUUGCAUAUACUAUGUAUGACAAGGAUAAAGACUCCUUUACGUUAUCUGUGAGGGAUUUGACGACAGGCACACUUUGCGACAAACCGCGUGCUGAUCGGGUUGCAAACCUGUCAUGGGCGAUGAAUGGGCAAGCAUUACUCUACACAGUUACAAAUGAUGAUAAAAGGCCAUAUCGGAUCUUUUGUAGCGUUCUUGGAUCUGAUAAGAAUGAUGUUUUGAUUUUGGAAGAACCCGAUGAGAAUGUAUAUGUAAACAUUAGAAACACAAAGGAUUUUCGCUAUGUAACUGUAAAUAUCUUUUCGGAUAUCUCUUCAAAGGUAUACUUAAUAAAAUUAUCCGAUCCCUUGUCUGGUAUGACGCUAGUAUGGGAAUGUGAACCUCAUGCUCAUUGCAUCAUUGAGCAUCAUCGAGGAUAUCUAUAUUUAUUUACAGAUGCUGCAAGAGGAGGCGUGCCUGUUGAUUCGCAUUAUCUUCUUCGCCGCAAUGCUGAAUUAUCCAGUUCAAAUAACUGGGAGAGUGUGCUUGAGGAGCCACGUCUUAGUGUUGAGGAUGUUGAUUUCUGUGAUACUCAUAUGGUGCUUGUUCUUCGAGAAGGGAAAAGGUUGAGAUUAUCUUCAGUUAGGCUACCUUUGCCAAUGGAUGUAAAGGUACCUGCUCGUUUAUCAGCUCUUAGUCCAUGUGACUUGCCUCUUCCGGAUCACGUUUGCCAGAUCUCACCCGGUCCAAAUUAUGACUACUAUUCCUCAACUAUGCGAUUUAUGAUAUCAUCACCUGUGAUGCCUGAUGCUGUUGUGGACUACAACUUAUUGAAUGGGAAGUGGCUCAUAGUGCAACAGCAAAAUAUGCUUCAUGAAAGAACAAGAACUUUAUAUGGGAAUGCUUUUGCUGCCAAUAGUAAGAGCUCUGUUGCCUCAAGCGAAGAUAAUGUGGCGGAUAGUUGGAAUGAGCUCGCCGAGUACUAUGCUUGUGAGUAUUAUGAUGUUGCUUCGAUGAAUGAAGUUUUGGUUCCAUUGACUGUUGUAUACUCGAAGAAGCACAAGCAGGAGGGAAGUCCUGGAUUACUUCAUGGCCAUGGUGCUUACGGAGAGCUGUUGGAUAAAAGUUGGCGUAGUGAGUUAAAGAGCCUUCUCGAUCGUGGUUGGGUCAUUGCGUAUGCUGAUGUUAGGGGUGGUGGAGGUAGCGGUAAGAAGUGGCAUCAUGAUGGCAGACGUACCAAGAAGCUGAAUUCAAUAAAUGAUUAUGUUUCAUGUGCCGAGUUUCUAGUUGAGAAAGGUAUGGUGCAUGAAAACAAGCUUGCUGGGUGGGGAUAUAGUGCUGGAGGACUUCUGGUUGCUUCAGCUAUUAACACUAAGCCGGAUUUAUUUCGAGCAGCUAUUUUGAAGGUUCCCUUUUUGGAUGUAUGCAAUACUCUUCUUCACCCCAUUUUACCCCUUACACCUGUUGAUUAUGAAGAGUUUGGUUAUCCUGUGGACCUCGAAGAUUUUCUCGCUAUCAAGAAAUACUCUCCUUACGAUAACAUUCAAAAGGGCGUUCCUUAUCCAGCCGUGUUGGUGACGUCAUCUUUUAAUACAAGGUUUGGUGUAUGGGAAGCAGCUAAAUGGGUUGCGAGAGUACGUGAGCUAACCGUGUACGACCCAAAACGUCCGAUAAUACUCAACUUAACCACCGACAUAGUGGAGGAGAGCAAGUAUUUGCAGUCGAAAGAGCUAGCUCUGGAAACCGCUUUCCUGAUCAAAAUGGUCGAAGAUUCAUAAACUCCUAUGAAAUCUAUGAAAUUUUCUUAUGGUCGACACUCGCAAAACGAAAAGAGACGACACAGACAUGUAUGACUAUUCUCGUUCACUCGAGGCGCGGACUUCGGUUAGAGGAUGAGGUGGCCGCUUCUUGGUCACGGAUUGGUUAGAAGCUGUUUUAAUGUGGCUCAAUUAUUGGUACAUGAGCCAAUCUAAGUUGCUAUUUCACCUUACUCUUGUAUGCUGAGUACCUGGAGAUAUUUUGAAGGGUUCUGAAGUGAUAACAUCUAUUUCAGGCAACAUCUCUAAGCAGUGGAAAGUGAAAGCAAAGCUCACAAGAACCUCUUUUUUGUAUUAUAUCACAUUCAAACCUAUCUAUCAAAUAAGAAUAAGAGAGACAAAUUUCCUUUACUA